ACUAAAAUGGAUGCUUACGAAUUAUUUAUUUGAAGACAUGUAACGUUAAUGGAUAUUAGAUGUUCUUUUGGGUUUUGCCUCUAGCUUGAACUAGAUGCAUUUUGAAGCAGUGUAGUAAAAAGUGAUUUAAAAGUCCAAUAAAUAUAUCUUAAUAAUGUAACGUACGCAUAAUUUCCACAAUAAAUUGCAACGGUUACUAAAAAUUACAAAAAGCACAGUGAUGGCUGAUAUUGGUGACAGCCCUGUGGCCCCAAAGGAGGACAAAGCUGAUGACCCCUCACAGGAUGGAAAGGCUGACCCCAAAGCUGACGGGCAGAAUGAAGCAGCCUCAGACCCCAACAUGUACCGAUACAUCAAAGAGGACCUCUUCACCUCCGAGAUCUACAAAGUGGAGAUCAGGAAUCUACCCAAGUUCAUUGGCUUUAAUGACCUGAAGAAGUUCCUGAUCAAACACAACCUGAGCCCACGCAAAGUCAAACUGUUUGGCAAACAGACAUUCGCCUUUGUCACCUUUAUGAACGAAGAAGAGCGUGACAAGGCCAUGAAACUGGUGCAUGGGAUGCAGUGGAAGGGCCAGGUGCUGAGCGUCAGGCUGGCUAAACCCAUAGCAGACCCCAUCUUGAGGAAGAGGCGACAGGAGGAGGGAGAGGGGGCAGCAGGGCAGCCCCCUUCCAAGCGAAUGGAGGGGGAGGAGGAAGAGGAAGAGAAGCCGUUGAGUGUUCAGAUAGCCAACGUGGUGACUCCUCUAUGGAAUGUUCCUUAUGAGGAGCAGCUGAAAAGGAAGGAGGAGGAGGUGGUGGGGGUUCUGCAGAAACUGGCCAAAGAGAUUGGCAACACAAAUAAAGCCAUGUUGCCAUGGUUAUUUGCACAGAAAGGAAAAUACAACAAAAUGUGUUGUCCUCUGGAGCCUAUUCGACCAUCUCCUACACAGACAGAGUACAGGAACAAGUGCGAGUUCCUCAUCUCGACGGGGGCAGACGGUGAGGAUAAGACCGUUGGUUUUCGUCUGGGCAAAUACAAAGGCGGCUCUUGUGCUGUCGUGGGGCCGGCUGAGUCGUGUCACGUCUCAGCCGAGGCCAAAAAGGUGGUGAGCGAGUUUCAGACAUUCAUCAGGACGACACCGUACUCCGUGUACAGGCCUGAGACAUACGAAGGGCACUGGAAACAGUUGACUGUACGGACUACAAGGACCAAACAAGCCAUGGCUAUGGUGUUCUUCAACCCACAGAAACUGGAAGAGGAGAAACUUGAUGCUCUUAAGAGCUCCAUGAGGGAGUACUUUACAGAAGGCGAAGGGAAAAACAGUGGCCUAACCUCCCUUUACUUUGUUAGAGAGGGUCAAAGGACAUCUCCUAAUCCAGAGGAUUUACCCUGCGAGCUGGUGGCUGGAGAGAGCUGCAUUCAUGAGGAACUGCUGGGUCUAAAAUUCAGAGUAUCCCCUCAUUCUUUCUUCCAGGUGAAUACGGGAGCUGCAGAGGUGCUGUACUCUGCUGUGGGGGAAUGGGCCCAGCUGAAUCAGGACAGCACAGUGCUGGACGUGUGCUGUGGUACAGGAACCAUCGGCAUCUCCUUGGCCAAGAAUGUGAAGAAAGUCAUUGGGAUCGAAUUGUGCCAGGAGGCAGUGGAAGACGCCAAAGUUAAUGCUCAGCUUAAUGGUCUAACAAACAUUGAGUUUCACUGUGGAAAAGCUGAGGACGUGUUUCCCAACAUUCUUAGUGCCCUCGUGUCACCCAAUGUCACAGCCAUCGUUGAUCCACCGAGGGCAGGCCUACAUUCCAAGGUGAUACUGGCCAUAAGGCGAGCAGAGCAUCUGAAAAGGCUGGUGUAUGUGGCAUGCAACGCUAAGGCGGCCAUGAACAACUUUAUUGAUCUGUGCAGGGCUCCGUCCAACAGAGUUCGCGGUGCCCCGUUCCGUCCUGUUCGGGCCAUGGCUGUGGAUCUGUUCCCUCAGACCAUGCACGUUGAGAUGCUCCUGCUGUUGGAGAGAGUGGACUACGACUCCCGGGAAGAGAAAGGGCCUUAGACAGACACCUAACAGUGUCAACACAUCAUUUAGCACCCAUCCAGUAGUUCAUUUCAUAAUACAGCAGUAGACGUUCCACUGCAUUUGCUUUACAGCUUUAUGGAUCAUGCCCCUUUAGCAUGAUGAUUUUUGUUACUGUCUGUAAUCCAUAAAGCAAAUUAGACUGAGGAAAGUUUUAGGUUUUAAACAACUGUCAAGUGGGUGCUUUGAGCUUCCUGUCAUCAUUCUGUGGCUGAAUUAAAAACAGAGCAUUUAGA